AGCAGUCAAUCAAUUUAAACAGAGGAUUAGUAUUUCCAUCGUUUCUGAGCCUCAAAUAUCUGGAAAAGCCGGAACUUGAGGAACUAGAGUUCAUUACAACAGGAAUGUUUACACUGUGUGAUGCACUUAAAGUAAAAAGAUCAUAAUAUUUUUCGCGGUUUUCCGUUAAUUGAAAUAUUAAUGAAUGGCUCAAAAGUGGUCUUCGGAACAAAUAAACGUCCCAAUAGACGCAUACAAAGAAGAGCAGUGUUUAACGGCAAAAGACUGUUCAAACAAAUUACACAGCUUAAGGAAUCAAUUUCAUAACCACAGCACAGUCAACGCGCACAGCGGCAAGCACCGUGUGAAGCCAAUCUCGCAGGGAAGUCAUCCAUAGUACGUACUCAGCACCGCAGCCAACUUCGAACCCAGCGGCAAAUCUAGCAAGCAAUCCAGCAGCAAAACAAGCGUCGUGUGCACCGGGCUUUACACACUUGGCAUUCGAACCUUCUCCCGAUGAAUGAUCGCCUCAACCCAUCACCAGUAUCUGGAUCACCGCAAUGGCUGAGUUACCUACAGAAUUAACGGCAAAGCCAUUGGCUCUGAUCGGUGUAACAGGAUUAGAUACUGUAAACAAUGCAAUCCAUCGUUUAAUUUGGGAUGCAUUCAGCAAUAAUCGUCGACCAGAUGGUGUAGCUGUACAAUUCAAAUUGUUGAACAAUAUCUACGAUUUUCCUACCGUUAAACCUAAGCGCAACUCUUAUGAAUGGUACAUGCCCAAGGGCAUAUUAAAACGUAAUUGGAUGAACAAAUAUCUAAAUGACGUACCAUCGGUAGUUGUUAUAUUCUAUGAUUUGGAUUGGAAUGAUCUGAUGUGGAAUGAGAAGAAGAUGGAGUGCGCUUCAAGGGUUCAAUCUCUCCGGGCUGCUGUCGAAGGUAGAAGUACAAAAAUUGCAGUGGUACUGGUUCAGCAUGGGGCUCCACCAGCACCCGGGUCAGAAGACCUAGCAACGACUGAACGCGCUACAGCUUUGUGCGCCGCAUGUGAGCUACCAGCAAAAUCUCUAUACAUUUUACCUCACGGGGAUCACUUGUUGGGCUAUACCCAAAGACUCGAAACGGCAUUUUAUGACUUGGCACAAAACUUCUAUCACAUAGAAGCUCGCAUCGUGAAGAAUCACCGUGACAAUCUGAAUAAGACCACUCAUCAAUAUUUAUUCGUGCGGCACCAAUUCAAGAUGGGGUUUUUGAACGAAUUAAAACAAGACCAGCACACAGCGCACAAGCAUUACCAGUUGGCGUACAAUAAUUUACUUGAAAUAAGAAUGGUGGAUACGAAUGCUUUGGAAAUAAAAACUGUCGCAAGUUUCAUCAAUUAUAAACUGUGUCGCUUGAUGUUCAGCCAAAAUCUCCCUCGCGAUGCCAUAUCACAGUUCAGAGCUCACAUAGAUCGAUUUAAACUAAAAACUGGCCCCAAAGAACUAAUAUUUGAACAUCAAAAGUGGAUGUCAGAACAGUACUCAAUAUUUGCCAAAUUAUUCGAUGACGCUAUCAGGCAAGGACUUCCUGCAGUUCAAAGAGAACACCCGGGAUACUAUUUUCAAUCAGCAGCCCAACAUGCUGCUUUGCGACAAAUCGCAUGCAAAGAGCUUUGCAAGGAUGUCAAUGAGUAUCCCAAUCCUGAUCCCUUGGCUGGCUGUGAAAAACUCGAAUACUAUGGCCAACGUCCUUGGCGUCCAGGAAAACUGAGUGCUGAGCCUGCGGAUAUGGCAGGAGAAGCAGCUGCAAUCCGAGCCCUGCAAUACAAGGAGAAGACUGCUGUCAACCAUUCCAUGCUGAUCAUCCGACUUUUGGGAAAUGCUGUUUUACAAUUCAAGACUUAUCGUUGUCCGAGAAUGCGUCGUCACUUAGUUGUGCAAGUGGCCGACGAGUACUACAACUCCCGCGAUUAUGAAAAAGCCCAUACACUGCUGAUGCACAUGCUGUGGGAUUAUCGCAGCGAACGUUGGCCUGGGCUUUUAACUGAUAUUUUGAAAAAGGCUCUACGAGCAGCUUACCUGUCUGCAAGUAUGGAAGACUAUGUCACCUUAGCUUUGGAGGCUUUGGGGCCAAUGUACUGUCUUCCAAAGGAUUAUCAAGCUGCUGUGUAUACCAAUAUAAGAAAUAUAUUACAGAAAACUAUACCGAACCCAGAGCCACAUAUACCCUGGAGUGCUGAAUAUCUGCCAACAGCAGAUUGGAUCUACGUUAUCGACCAGUAUAAACCCUUGACGAUGGCAAUAGACGCGAAUAAUAUGACAACAUUUUUGGAAAUCAACGCUCGUUUUACGCGAGCGACGUACAUUGUGAAUUCCUAUGCAACAAUAGAAUUAUUUAUAAGGAAUCGUUAUGAUCAAGCUAUGGAAUUGUUGAAAGUUACCGCAUUCAUCAGUUCACCUGGAAGAGACGGUGAAGAGUAUACCGUCAUUGAUGGCAAAGAUGAGCCAACUGUACUUCAUGAAAGAGAGACGAAGAAAUUUCAUUGCCGAUUUCAAGCACGGCAACGAGAUGUCGGUAAUGGAAUUCUAAUCAAUAGGAUCUCCGUAUAUCUGGGUAACUAUACGCAUGGUUAUGUGGAGAUGCGAUUCCCUCUUCUUGGACCGUCACUAAAUGUCUUGGACUGGUUAUGCCCCGAGAUACAACAACUUCAGAAUGGCACCUUGGGGUUUGACGAUGUGAGAUCGAAUAUUGCAGCUGAAAUUGUACAGGAAGAAUCCAGUGUGGCAGUAAAAGUGAAAUCAGAGAGCCCCGCUUUGUCUGGCGAAUGGUUCCCAAUUGGCAUAAUUCUAUCAACUUCCAAAGAAGUAGUCGCUAAUUCUCGAUUAUCGAUCAACAUAGCAACGGAUGGAGCUGCCGAUGAGUCCACUGACCUCAGUUUAUCGGCAAACGAUCAGCAAGUCACCGGGCAAAUCUCUAUAAAGAUUCCGGUAAUUGAAAAGACUGCGGAUGUUUAUACAACAGUCUACAUACGAGCACAUGAAAUUGGGGAUCACAACAUGAUAAUUAAGGUCGAUUAUACAACUCCUGAAGAUGUGAAAUAUUCGAGAGAAAUUUCUUAUACCGUACCUGUCGUCAAACCUUUCGACAUUACGACGCGAUUCUACAAUAUGUUGUUUGAAUCGGUUAGCAAGGGCUUUACCUAUGAACCGUUCAUCAUGAUACCGCACAUUGUAUGCACAUCUCCAUGGCCCAUAAGGAUCAUAGACACGUCUAUUCAUCUGGGUGACUCGAUGGAAAGGCAGCAUGAAGACGAUCAGGAAUCUAUCUUGACCGGUAUUACGCUUUGCAAUGGUGAAGCUGGAUCGGAGGCUUAUCACAUAAUUCCAAAGGCAGGCAGUGAACAACCAGCCAACACAGGUGUAUAUACCCUCAGGUGGGAAAGAGGAUACAAUGUCAGCGGGCAGGUGACUAGUACCAGCAUCAGACUAUCACCGCUAUGGGUGGAAGAAACAGCGAUCGGACUGGAGGCGAAAUUACCCCCACACGGUUGGGUUCGAACUCCGCUCAGCGUCUCUUACUAUCUCCAUAAUUAUUGUGACUACAUAAUAACCUUGCAGUUAACAAUGGAGGCUAGCGAUGCUUUUAUGUUCGCGGGACGAAAACAGGUCAAUGUUUGUGUAUUGCCGAAGGAAAAGCGUAAAAUCGAGUGGGUCCUGAGACCGUUAGUGGCUGGUCUGGUAGCGCUCCCUACCUUAACUUUGGCCGUGCCUUCUGAAGAUGACAACAAGCUCAACAGAACCAGAUUAGGCGAAGUGCUAGAACGGUCACUACCUAGCCAUGUUUAUGUGAUGUAAAGUGAAAUAACUCUUGCAGCCGCAGUCGCAGAACAUGUAGACAAGGCGGCGUUCAGACCGAAAACCCAGCUCGGAUAAUAUUGGGAAAAUCGAUAUAUCCGGGAAUAUUCACUGCAAGAUUAUUAUAAUUGUAACAUGCUUGUACACAUACGUACCCUUAUUUAUAAACAUUGCAUUGUAAAUAUUGCCAGUUACAGUAAUAAAGAAGCUGUCGGAUAGACGAA